AUGGAUAAAUAUUUUGAGUUUUCAAAAUCAAAGGAUGAAUCAAGAUUAUCUAUUGACUCUUAAGAACUUCUUAGAUAAGUAGAAACUAAAAUUCACCAAGCAUAAUCACCAACAUUUAUCUCACCCUAAAAACAAUAUUUGAAUUAAGCAGAUCAUUAUGAUUAAAAAGAGCAAAUCGAUUAUUUAUCAUUUAAAGAAUAAACUACAAUAAAGAGGUUAUUAAAUUUAAGAGAUGAUUAUAAACAAUUCUUAAAGAAUAUAAAAUCCUACUAAGAUUAAUUAAUUUAAUCUAUUAGUGAGGCUAUGAAAAAAGUUGCAGAUAAAGGAAAUCGAUAUUUAUAAGACCAAGAAUAUGAAUUGAGGUUAUAGUUGUAGGAAAUUUAAAAAAAUAAGGAGCUUAUCAAUUCUCAUUCUAACUGUCAUAUUAUAUAAUCCCCUUUAAAAUAAAAAAAUAUUUUUUUUUCAGAAAUUACUUAUAAGGUAUCAGAAUUGAACAAUUAUAUACUUGAAUUUUUUGAUCAUGAUAAUUCAAUUUAAUCAAAUAGAUAUUAGAAAAAGUUAAACUUUUCAAAUUAUAAAGAAUUGAGUUCAAAAAAGAAAUUUAAAGCAUCACCUUCUCCAUUUAAAGAGAUUGAUAGAGUUUUAUAAUUAAAAACAUCAUCAAGUAAACCUUAACUAUAGGGUAAUAAACCUUAAUUUUCAGGUAAUAAAACACCAUAAGAUUUAAAUCAAUUCAUUGAAGUGCUCAAACUUAAAAUUAAUAACACUAAAAAUAAUAACAUAAUUUAGAAUAGACCAAAUUUUUCAAGCAAUUUUUUAUAAAGCAAAUUAAAUAUUAGCUCAAAAAGGCUUUCAAUUGAACAAUAACUCUAAUCUUAAAACAAAAUAUUUUUUUAAUCUGUAUUUUGA